GUCACGGGAUUCGGUGGGUACCCAACCGGGACGCAGGGUAAUCAGUCGUACGGCGGCCAGCAGCCAUAUCGCCCCCAACAGCAAUACCAGUCCUACGGUGCCCAGCAACAGUAUCGCCCUCAGCAACAAUACCAGUCCUACGGCAGCCAGCAGCAAUAUCAGCCCCACAGCGCCCCGCAGCCCUCCCGACCGCAGCAGCGGUCUCUUCCCCUGCAUCAGCAGCAGCUACACGAAGGCAACGGCGUGGAUUAUAAGAACUGGGAUGACGAGCGGGAUCAUGGUUCCAAGAGUGCGAAUGACCCGUUUCCGAACUAUGCGCCGAAUGGAUAUAAUGGACUGUUUGGGUAUGACCCGAGGAAGGAGUAUAACGAGCAGAACUUGAGUAGCCAGAGUGGCUCGUCUGGCUCUGGCUCUUCAGGAUCCUCAGAAAUAGAGACAGUGAGGAAUAGCACUGGUACAUGUACUGUACUUAGCCCCGCCUGCAACGUCCCGCAUUCCAACUCUCGACUCGGGCGUUCCUGUAGCAUCCCCAGACAGUAA